AUCAUAUGAUCUGUAGGAGAGUGAAGGGAAGAUAAAUGGGUAACCCACAUGUUGUAGUUAUACCUUGGCCAGCCCAGGGCCAUGUAAUUCCUCUUAUGGAAUUCUCUCUAUGCUUGGUCGAACAUGGAUGUAGAGUUACAUUUGUAAACACAGAGUUCAAUCAUAAUCGGGUCAUGAAUGCUUUUGCAGAGAGGCGUACUAUAGGAGAUCAACUUCGCCUGGUUUCUGUCCCAGGGUUGGAAUUCCAUGAGGACAAGGAGAGACCAGCGAAGUUGACUGAAGGAAUCUGGCAGUUUAUGCCGCAGAAGGUGGAGGAGCUCAUGGAAGAAAUCAACAGUGUUGAUGGCGAUGGGAUUACUUGUGUUGUUUCUGACCAGUCUAUAGGUUGGGGCCUGGAAAUUGCAGCAAAGAUGGGAAUCCCGCAAGUUGCCUUCUUUCCUGCAUCAGCGUUGGUGUUGGCCUUGGGACAGAGCGUUCCUAAGCUGAUUGAGGAUGGCGUCAUAAAUUGUGAUGGAAUUCCAAUAGAGCACCAGAUGAUUCAGUUGUCACCUACCGCUCCUGCCAUCAACACUAAAAACUUUCCAUGGGUUCGCAUGGGGAAUGUAACCAUGCAGAAAACUACUUUUGAAAUUGGGUUUAGAAACAGAGAAGCUGCAGAAAAGGCAGAUUGGUUUUUCUCCAAUUCAACUUAUGAUUUUGAGCCUGCAGCAUUUGCCUUGAUCCCAAAGCUCAUACCUAUAGGACCACUUGUGGCGAGCAAUCGGCAUGGAAAUUCAGCAGGAAACUUCUGGCCAGAAGACCAGACUUGUCUUGAAUGGCUCAAUCAACAGCCACCCUGCUCAGUAAUAUAUGUUGCAUUUGGUAGCAGCACAAUUUUUAACCAGACCCAGUUCCAGGAAUUGGCAUUAGGACUCGAACUCUCAAACAUGCCAUUCCUGUGGGUCGUGCGACCGGAUAGUACUGAUGGGAAAAAUGAUGCCUACCCAGAAGGAUUUCAAGACAGGGUAGCCACUCAAGGACAGAUAGUAGGGUGGGCACCUCAACGAAAGGUUUUGGGUCAUCCUUCUGUUGCUUGCUUUUUGAGCCAUUGUGGUUGGAACUCUACUGUAGAAGGUGUUAGCAAUGGGGUCCCUUUCUUGUGCUGGCCUUACUUUGCUGACCAGUUCGUUAAUGAGACCUACAUUUGUGAUGUUUGGAAGAUUGGAUUGGGGUUUAACCCAGACGAGAAUGGGAUCAUCACGCGAAAAGAAAUUAAAAAUAAGGUGGGGCAGCUGCUUGGUGACGAAAAAUUCCGGUCAAGGGCUCUAAAUCUCAAGGAAAUAGCCAUUGAUAGUGUCAAAGAAGGCGGUCCCUCUCACAACAAUUUCAAGAAUUUUGUUGAAUGGUUGAAAGCAUAGACAAAUGCUUUGUGCUCUGUUCAAACUUCAUGUUUCUUGUCUUUGUUUUCUUUUCAUUUCAUUUGCUUGCAUGGAGAUCAGGUACUGAAAAUAAGUUUAAAAAAAAUAUAUCAUAAAAUGUUCCAUACAUGCCAAGAAGCAAGAAAAGAUGCAGAGUUCAAACAUUUGAAAUAGAGAAUGGAAGGCCGAUUCAUACAGGGUUCCGAUUGAGGGAUGAAAUGCCCUGUGAGAAUCAGGUGGCCUUUAGGAGGAAGUCUGGGAUCCUGAUCCUGCCUUGCUAAGCCAUUUGUUAUCAGCAUGUGGAGGCAUUACAAUUAGGAAAAUUUCCCCAAGACAUGAACAUUAUCAUAUUUAGAACUUCCAGAGCA